AACAAUUUUCCCGAUUGAAGAAGUAGGCGAGUUCUUGCUAUAUCAAAGCACGGAUUUCAUUGUCGAGAUUCAAAUAAAGACGCGGACCUGCAAGCACGACCAACAAAAAAGUGUGUGUGUGCGCAGUAACGUUUCGAAAUGGAAACGAAAUAUACACAGAAGAUACGUGUGACUCUGUUGAAAUGAAGGGGUUCUUGUUCGUCGGCAAGGAAGAAGACGGUCUUCUUGAUUAUCUGUACACGUAUAACCCCAUGAUAAUGGGUUACAGCGAUAUCCAUAACAAAAUCAUUGUAUUUAACAAUGGACUACAUCUAAGGAUUGAUAAAAAGAGUCAUAGUCAUAGGUCUUUGCAAAUAACAUUGACGAAUGAUGGUCACCAAAAGUCGUUUGAGAAGCAGCCUGGCAUCGCCUCAUUCAUGUUUAAGCAAUACCGCCACAGCAACGGGGAAUUCAAGACGGACAGUAAUGGGUUUAUGGACAGCUGGAGAGUGACGAGCAGCAGAAGCUUUUCAAAUCCAGCAAAUCACCAAAGCUUAACCUUUGCCGACACUUACUUCAAAUGCCAUUGUCCCACGGAAAGUGAGGUAUCGCAGAAUCACGAGAUAUCAACAGAUACAAAUUUCGAAAUGUAUGGACCAAUGGGCUACUACCACAACCAGAUUAAUCACUUCACCAGCACGCUGAAAUGCUCACGCCAGGAGGAAUGUACAAUAACCCAUUCUGGAACGUCAACUUGGUCUCCCUUGGUACUCCCAGACUAUGUUCAAGUUGAAGACGUUUCGGUACUUAUUGACGGCGGGUCGAUUGUGUGUUACUUCCAGCCAUUUGUAGGCAAGAAACAUAAGGUGGAAUGGGUUUCUGGUAAGGAUGCAGAUGUGUCUCUAUAUGUCCACGGCAUGUUAACAACAGGUUCAGCUAAAUACGACAUCAUCUCCAAUUUGUUCAUAUCGUCAGGUGAUGCAUGCAACUUGGAAAAGAUUCGAUGUGUCGUGACGGUAUACGAGAUCGAUGGUGUCACAGCAGCCGGUCCUUCUUUCUAUAGCCAUACAUUUGAACUCACAGAAGACCUUAGAUCGGCCAACAUAUCGAUCUGCGUUAUUGACGGUCACUGCUACUUUGAAAAUGAUCAUGAUCCUGCAAAUACAGAAUACCUGUGCUAUCCAUUCAUUGAUCCCUAUCGUUGGAUACGAGAUCUCACACUCGACAGAGUGCCUGGGGAUAUAUGCAACCAACAUCAUGCAAUAUGUGCCAAGGUGCCAGGAAGGGCCUACUGUAGCAACGUUACUGAUUCGUGUCAAUGUUACCCAACUUUCAAACAGACGCCAACGUCAUGCGACCAAAUACCAUGCGCCGUUGUAUCUGAUUGCUGGCAGUACACAUACUCAACGAACCUAGCGUGCAUCAAUUCUGUUUGCGCCUGUGCCGUUGUUACCGAAUUGACGACUAAUGGAUGUGUGCCUAAAGGCCUUGGGAGCUCUUGUGAAGAAGAUAUGGAGUGCUCCCUUCAACCGCACGCUGUUUGUGGGACAACCGAACCCAAAAUGUGUGUAUGCGGAGAACAUUACAACACUAUAAAAGGCAACUGCUAUCCCAAAGGUCUCGGUGAUACCUGCAAUGAUGACGAUGUGUGCAAACGAGUCAAUCAUUCGGCAUGUUAUAACUUACACGGAACAGGAUCCAAGUGCGAAUGCGACUUUGGCUAUUCAGGAAAUGAGUUCGGUCUGUGCGAAUCAAAUGGAGACAUCAAGAUACCUGACCCUUACUAUGGAUCACCAACCUCAUGGUGCUACGAGAAUGAGCAAUGCUCGAAAUCCCUUUGGUGGAGUGUCUGCGAUAGAAGCAUGUAUUGGCGGUGCGUCAGACGAACAUGUUCUGCGAACGACACCAACCCCGAUGCGUCAUGCAUGUCAUCACUUCUUUCCUGCAACCUGACGAGCGGGUUCUGCGAGCCAGAUCUGUGCUCGGCGAAGGACCAGAGGAAUUGUUGGCAAGAGAACACAGAGUGUAACGCGGAACAAGGCUACUGCGACUGCUCGGAUGGUUACUCCCUCUGGAACGGAGACUGCACAGCAGUUCUUGAUCGAGCCUGUGAGAUCAACGAGGAUUGCCAUUCGAAGAAAGGACGCUACGAGUGCACCGACAAUGCCUGUAAAUGUAACCCGGACAAAUGGGUCGUGGAAAACGGUCUUUGUGUGUCUUACGUUGACAAACACUGUAGCGCAUCUAAGCCGUGUGGCAAGCUGUCUAACACCACGUGCAACACAGCCGGAUUGUGUGAAUGUGAAGCCGGCUUUGUGGUGCGAGAUGGAAUGUGUGUUUCAGCAUACCUAUCCGGUUGCAACAAUGAUCUGGACUGCGCAGCAAUUGCCGGUAUGGAUUGUGGCUACUGGGCGUAUUAUGACGGCAAGUGGUUUGACAACUGGGGCAAUACGGACUACAAUGGUAUCUGUGUGUGCAAACCUGGGUAUGCCGUCCACGAUCUAGCGUGCAGGAAAGUUCUCGGUUCUAACUGCGACAAUCUGAAAGCCUGCGGUAACUCGAGCCACUGGAGCUACAGCUACCACUACUUUUCCUGGUGGGGAGCGUGGUACGUCAAGAACUACUACAAACAUUAUCAUAGCGCGUUCUUCUGUGACGUCAACAAUGUGUGUGAGUGUGCCCCUGGUUACGAAAGGAAUGCCGACGGAACGGAUUGCAUACGAGUCUGGGGCAGCCGUUGCACCAAGGACAACGAUUGUGGUGGAUCCAUGUUUAAAUGUGACAUCACAACCGGAAGUACAGCCACUGGAAGUAUAAGUCCUGGAACUUGCGGCUGUGCAAACAAUUACGUCCAAAAAACCGGCAACCAGAACGGAAAUUACUGGUACUGGUACUAUGACUACUACGGCCGUGAGGAGAUCACCUGUAAACCAUAUAUUGGUUUAUCGUGUUUAUCGCAUGGUUGUCCUGGUAACGACACUCACUGUGACGUGAACAACAUUUGCAGAUGCAAUCGAGGAUACGAAAAGAAUGGUGUUUGCGCCAAUUAUCUCGGAUCAGAAUGUAAAUCAGACACACCCUGUCAGCACGUGGCCAAUGCCCAAUGUGACUCUUCAACCCAUGUAUGCGCGUGCUCGGAUGGCUACUAUGACAACGGACAAGAUGAAUGUCUACCUCUCUUGGGUAAAGACUGUUCAGCACAUUCCUAUUGUGGCUCAGACAAUUAUUUUUGCGAUUCGGAAACGAAUAUGUGCCGGUGUUCAACAGAUCGUAGUGAGCUGAAUGGGCGCUGCAUUAUGGACACCCCAUGCGACGCAGAUAUUCCGAGUUUGCCCGACAUUCUACGGAGGUCUCCAAGCUAUGUCCUGUCCGAGCGUGAAAUAGUUAUCAGGGAUGAUGCCUUGCCAGAGGGAUGGUACAACAUCGGACACUUCAUGAUCUCAACACAGUCAAACAUUCCCGUCGGAGGAUGUGGAACCAAGUGGCAAAUGUAUAUGACAUCUUCUGUUUCUUCACUCGCGGACGGUGGUGAAGUCAUCAGAAAAGUGCGACUGGUAAGCAGGAGCGCGAUACAGGACGAAUUUCCGGUCACCAUUCGCAAGUGCGGCUCGGACCACCACGUGUACAUACCGAAGGCGCCGGUCGCAUUUGCAGGCUUCUGUCUAGAUACUGGCGUGUCGUCCAAUCCCGGACGAAAUUCAACUGGCAGAUGGUCGCAGCUCACGCAAGAUCUCGAUUUUACCACAAGCGUACCUGAAAUCAAUUUUGUGUGUGAUGUUCUGGAUGACGAGCACAGUAAUGUCCCUUGCAGAAUGUGUACCUCUGAUGUUUACUACGUAAACGACGAUUUCUACUACACCAUCAACUGGUACAUCAACGAUCAUCUAUGCAUGUCUCUCGGCCCUUUUCAAAGGCCCGAACUAAGAAAGACAUACCUGACUGAAACCUUGUUACGAGAACGUUGUCAACAGUCUUUGAUUGGGUUUAAGGUACAAUGUUCGUACGAAUGGUCUUUGACGAUGUUUGGACCUCGGUCGACGCCCGUUACAAGCAACAGCAUUGACACUGGGGUACCGGCGCAAUUCAUUACUGUACCGACCAACGGAUCAGGCCAGACUUUCAUCUCGUCAACACCGAUUGCUUGCACCGACGGAGGUCUAUCUAAUAGUUCUUUGUCAUGCUUAAUCGAGUUUCCUCUCAAGCGUUCACACACUGACACUUGUCCACCAAUAACAAACCCUAACGAUAAUCAUCUUUGCGGGGCCAGAUUAAUUGGUGUAACACAAAAUGGACUUCAAUGGUUUGGAUCGUGGGAAAGUUUCUACAGCACUGCUCGUUAUGGAUCCUUGUAUGAUUAUAAUGAAGGUACAUACGUAAGUACUCAACACAAACGGCUAGUAACCCAGGGGAGUCACAGAUUAGAAGAUCGCUAUAUGGAAGAGUAUUGUCCAACCUCUGCAGGGCUUGGUACACUUUGGAAUGGAUAUAUCUUGCCUACACAAAAGAUGAUUGUCAGCAAUACUAAUACGACAAACAGCACGUGUUCAAUUCGUUGGAGCAAAGACGACAAACAACCGAUGUUGAUUAAAACGAAAGGAAAAGAAUCGUGGAGCAUUCCCAUAGACUUGACCGGCGAGUUCAUGUUAUUCAGAAGUUUGGCAUACCCUGUUGAGGUUCAAAUCAAGACAGAGAAAUGCGAGUCGUCUCUCACAAUCUGUGUUUGCGCUCUUUCAUUCCGGGACGGCAACAAAAUCUACACCGUUGGCAUAUGCGACGGUAUAGCGACCCAGGGAUUCGUUUGGGCAGCAUCUGGCGAAGAUCUCUUUUUAAGAUACACUGAAACGGGAUCGAUUCGCGUUCUGAACGGCAUGGACGCUUUAGUGACCAUAGAUUAUUAUCUGCAUUCACUGACGGUAGAGAUAUCAGACUCUGGAAGUGUGGAGGGCUUUACCUCGCUUGACGGUCUUUGUGCUUUCGAGUACAACACGUUCAGAGCCAGUACUGGAGGCCUGAUGCUCAGUAGUGACGGAUUCUUGAAAAGCUGGGGUAUUGAACCACAGACAACAUCAAGUUUGUUAGAACCCAAACUCAUCCACACCCAGUAUGCAUACAAAGAAACCAUGUACAGCUGUAGCUGUCCGCUAGAUUCAGAACUAAUUUCUGGCGAGUACGCUGGCGUCUCCAAAUGCACCAAAGAAAAUGCUUACAACGUUACUCACAGCGGUGAGACUUGGGAUGGAUCUCUAGUGCCAGACUUCGCAAUCGAGAAUGUUACACUCGCUUUCGAAUUCGUGAAGACGCCAAAGGGAGCAAAUGCAUAUGAACGCCUAUCAGUCUGUCUCUUUGACGGCUUUGACGGCUUCCUUUAUGAUAUUUAUUGGUAUGCCGAUACAACAAUGAUCCAUAAAAAGUCAAAACAAUCACUAACAACUAAAGAUUUCAAUAAAGUUUCAUUUGACACUCUUAUGAACGCCUAUAGUUCUAGCAGCAAAGGAGUGUGCGCAGUCAACAAAUUAUGGCGUUGUGCUGUGUCGGUUCUGAAUAACAAAGGCGUGGAAGUUUUGGGAGCAUCCUACAGUGAACCGUUUGAGUUUAUCACAUUUAAAGACAAGUUCGUUUCCAUGGCAAGAGGCGGCGAGGUUGACUUCCAUUUUACUGUGAACCUCCCAGUUGUUUGCUUGGAUGGAAAGGAGUGCAAUAUCGAAGUCAAGGUCAUUGACGAAAGCGACGACUAUCAGUGCCAAGAUUCUACAUUGGCCGUCAAGAACGAGCGAACAUGCGGAGAUUACAUCAGAGGUAUCCAGGGGUUCAAUAACAUUAACAAUUUUCAAAAAGAAAGGUUCAUGAUUCUGACGACGAAGAACAACAACAAAUACUCGCUGAGAGAUGCGUUCGCUAUGACAGUGUUCAUCGAAUCAGAGGGUGUAGUCGAGCCGUUCUGGAAUGACUGCUACUUUGAGGACAAAAUCAAUGUGUUCGUGCGCGACAUCGACACAUUCUGGAAGGGAGUAUACUGCUAUACCAACAAUGAUCCGCGUCUGAUGACAUUCGAUGGACAGUAUUAUAGUAUGCAGUUGUCGGGAGAAUUCACACUUUAUCAGCACCAUAAGUAUCCGAUUGAAGUCCAGAUCCAGACUCAACCCUGCUGGCCAGGCGGUUCACAAACAUGCACGUGCGGAGUGACCGUGCGGGCCGGACGUGACGUGUACACAGUGACCCACUGUGAGGAAAUGCAUCUGCUAGAGUGGAUAGAACUUGCCGAUGACGUCCUAGAAGUUUAUAUUGAACCGGGAUAUAUGCACAAGUUUUACCUUCCGCAAGGAACGAUUGUUGAGGCACGUUAUUUCAUCAGCCCCUGGUGGUCAACGAUGAACGUCUACGUGUACCCAUCGCCUGAUGACAUGAACCGUGUUGGAGGAUUAUGCGGGACAUUUAACGGUAACUGGCAGGAUGACUUCCUUCAUAGCGACGGCGUUUCGUUGACUCCAAGCCCGGCGAACGACUGGGGAUUCUGGUGGUGGUGGCGUUGGGGCGGCAAUCCAGAUAACUUCUCUGCGUCAUGGAGUGUUCCAGAGGAACGCUCAUUGAUGAACGCAGAAUACGUAGCUUCUCUGGAAUCAUGGAACACUAACGACAAAUUGUGUGUCUGCCCGUUGAUAGUCAACAAGCGAGAGAAAUGGUGCUCCCGAAAUGAGGACAAAACAUGCGUCGAUUUCAUAUAUAAAAAACGCGGCAAGAGAAUACAAAAGAUUCUGAGAGAUGAACGUUCGGUAGAUACUUUCCAAUACAGAGAAGAGUCGGAUAUAAGGGAGCGGCUGCUUAAACUGUCUCUAAGGAAGAAACGGAGCGCAUCCAGAGUAAAGCGUCAGGUUGAUGCACCGAACCCUGCAGACUUGGAAGCGGACUAUAUUACGGCACAGGCAUCUUGCAAGGCCUAUCUGAAAGAGAACUGUGGUGGAGACUUAGCAGAAGAAGUAUCCGAGAGAAAUGAGAAUCAGUCAAGUUCCUGUGCUGAGGAUAAAAUGUUCAAUUUGACUGCCACUGGUCCCGAAGAAAGCACAUGUCGUAACAUACAGUCAACAACUAUGAUGAUAGUUGAUAAAGACGUCGAAUUUCAGAAAGAGAACCCAGAAAAGGCCCUACUUGUCAUCGCCUCAUGUCCAGACAACUGCAACAACCAAGGAAAUUGCUUCAAAUGGUAA